GGCGCGGCGCAACGCGCUCGCCCGCAACGCGCUCGGUUCGGCGUUUCUAUUCCUGGAGCGUGCCCGACUCCUCGUCUCCUAAGCCGCUGGCGGUGCCGUGGCCAUGCCGUGGUGCCGCGCCGUGUCCCGGCUACGAGCCGACGAGCCGAGAUACGUGCGCGCAGUGCGUGCGAGUCUGCUCGCGCGGAUCCGAGCGAGUGUGUACGCGUGGUUGCGCGGUGCGGCGCGGGAAGUGGCCGUCGCCGCCGGAAAUGUGCGUGCGCGUGCGACGAGAUCGACGGGAGCGUGGACGAGGACAGGACGCCGACGACGACGACGACACCGUUGCCGCACGCCGACGAGCGAGAGGAGGAGGAGGAGGAUACUGUCGACGCGGUCGCGCCGCGACCACCGCGAUCCGCCGCGGCUGAUCAUCGCUCGGCCCGCCGUCGCUCAUCCGUCGACCGACCAGACCGACCGACCGAUCGACCGACCGUCAGCGAACGAAUCGACGACGGAAUGACGGAUUGCCGUUGCCGGUCGUCCACGGCGUCGCGACGCGCAACCAGGAAGUUGUCGGGCUAGAAUCCUCUCGACGCACCGCGCCGCGCCGCGCCGCGCCGGGCCGAUCGCGCGUGCACGCGAGUGACAAGCAUGAGCGCUGGAGUCGAUCUCCGCUCUCCUCUCACAUUUUCCCUCCCGCCGGUCUCUAUUGUCACCGGAAAACAAUACCCGAGGGAGAUCGUGAGAUAAGGUAUUUUAAGAGCUCGCAUCUCGCCGGCCUGUUCUUCGAGACGGAAGACCCCGGCGGAGAGAUGCGCGAGAUCGGCGAGUCCGCGCGUCGUGUCACCGCGGCCGACGGUGCCACACGAGUGUUCGCGCACUCGAGCAGCCGUGAUUAGGGAGCUACGACACGAGCGUGAAUCAUAAUACGAGAAGAAUGCGCGGGAGGACUAUUGCCGUAGGAGCAGCGGAUUAUUCGAAGAGGCCCGUCAGCGCCGAUCGCGACGCGACUCGGCGAUCGAGGGAUCGCCCGUGCGGCAAACUUUCCCGAAGGAAACGCUCGUUCGUCGAACGAGGCGUCGUGUAGAUGCGAAGAAGGAGGAGAGGACGCCACGGUGAGAGAGGACUUUGCCGCGUUUCUUUGCGGGGAGAAAUGUGAGACUUACGUUGGUCGGAAGAUUCGAAUGCCAAAGAUGAACAAUAGUCGCUACUUAAGAAGACAGUAUUUGUAGCAUUAAUUAAGGAUAAGACUUGAAGCGCACGAGAAGAUAACACUUGAGAGUUCUCGAUCGACCAAAGGAUCGACCAAAGAUAGUAUAUAUACGUAUAGAUCUAUUAAAAACGCCAGAGUGAUUAUUAAAAUGCGAUGCAAAUAAAAUAUAUACAAUAUAUAUAUAUAUAUUUUUCGACGAUCGGAGGAAGAUACUUCCUUGCGAGCUAGAAAGGAGCUGCAGAGAGACUGUAACCGAAGUAAACGAGUAAGUGACAAAGUGGAUCUCUUUCCGGGAAGCUACGGAAGUUGGGAAAUAUAAACUAAACAAGACAAUGCACAGUGUUAACGAUUUUUAGCAAGAUCGAUGCGCGCUUUCGGGACCCUCGCUUCAAGUUACAGAUUCGCGCCGCGCGCGGGUGUGAACAAGUGGACGAGAAGCGAAGAAGCUCCACCGCGGCCGUGAGACGAGCGCGCAAUCGGGAACGGUGGACGAUGUAGGAAAAGAACGGUAUAGCGCGACGUGGACCGGCACGGAGUCCUGCGUUAUUCUGAGGAAUCGCCGUGGCCCGGCGUAGCCUCUGAUCUCUUACUCUGGUAUCGUUCUGGUACCAAGAUGCUGGACAUAUUUCGCGGCCUGAAGAGUCUCAUAAAAAUCUCGCACGUCCACAUCGACAGCCCCGUCUUCCGCUUGCAUUACAGCCUGACUGUGAUCCUGCUGAUAGCGUUCUCCCUGAUCGUCACGACCCGCCAGUACGUCGGCAAUCCCAUCGACUGCAUACACAGCAAGGACCUGCCCGAGGACGUCCUCAACACUUACUGCUGGAUACACAGCACAUAUACGAUAACCGCGGCGUACCGAAAGAGAGAAGGCCUGGAGGUGCCCUUUCCCGGCGUCGACAAUUCCAAAUCGUAUCCCGAAACCGAGCGGAAGGAGUACAGAUACUACCAGUGGGUCUGCUUCAUGCUGUUCAUACAGGCGAUCCUCUUUUAUACCCCGCGAUAUCUAUGGAAGGGCUGGGAGGGUGGGAAGAUUCAUGCCCUUAUGAUGGAUCUCGACAUCGGGCUCUGCUCCGAGGUGGAGAAGAAGCAAAAGAAGAAGAUGCUGCUCGACUACCUCUGGGAGAAUCUUCGCUUUCACAAUUGGUGGGCUUACAGGUACUACCUAUGCGAGGUCCUCGCGCUGGUGAAUGUGAUCGGUCAGAUGUUUCUGAUGAACCGCUUCUUCGACGGCGCCUUCUUGACCUUCGGCAUCGACGUACUCAGGUUCCUCGAAUCCGAUCAGGAGGACCGAGUGGACCCAAUGAUUUACGUCUUUCCACGAAUGACCAAAUGCACCUUCUACAAGUACGGCGUCAGCGGUGAGGUCGAGAGACACGACGCCGUCUGUAUACUGCCUCUGAACGUCGUGAACGAGAAGAUCUACGUCUUUCUGUGGUUCUGGUUCCUUCUCCUCGGCGUGCUCAGUUUCUUUACGGUUUUAUAUAGGAUCCUAAUAAUAUUUUCGCCGCGCACGAGGGUCUACCUGUUGCGAAUGAGGUUUCGUUUGGUACGGAGGGACGCCGUGGAGACCAUAGUGCGCCGCAGCAAGGUCGGCGAUUGGUUUCUUCUCUACAUGCUGGGCGAGAAUUUGGACACCGUGAUAUACAGAGACGUGAUGCACGAGUUGGCGAACAAGCUCGCCUCGAGGCAUCACCACGGCGCGUCGGGAGUGAAGAGCGAGCUUCAAGAAGCCUGAUCGAGGUUGCCUCGGAGGGUCGGCACGCUCGAUUCGCCGCUGCCGUUGCCGCUGCCGCGGUCCUGCCCUCGCCCAUCCGCGUCGCGCGGUCGCCGACGCGCCCGGGGACGACGCGAGACGCGCGAUCGUAGCCGGAGCCUGAGAAGACGCACCGACGGGUUCACCUCGAGAAUCCGCGGGCCCGUUCUCGGCAAGAGACGCGCUUUUCCCUUCCGCCGAUUGUUGCUCGUCGAACUGGAAGCGAUGCGACAGCGAUAGCCAGAAGAUGCGUCCGCGCAGAUAACAAUUUGCGGUGAAAGAGAGAGACAGACAGACAAACAGACAGACAGACAGACAGACAGAGAGAGAGAGAGAGAGAGAGAGAGAGAGAGAGAGAGAGAGAUGCGCUUUCGCUAGUCAUCCUCAACAAUCGGAAACCGACAUAGUUUCGGCGAGUUCAGCGAUCUCGAUGCCGCAGACGCAAGCGAGAGGACAGUAGGGGGAUGCGAAUCGUGUGCUUUCGGCUCCGUCAAAUCAAGCGUUUAGCUUUACGCGUUACAUUCGUUAUAUGUUUUAAGAUUUUUAUGCGCAUUCCAGCAUGGUACGAACACAAACUGUACAGACGUACACCGUGCACGCGUUCGAGUAGUUUUCCGAAAAGAGGGAGGAUCCACCAGCCCCUAUACGUGAUCACUCCCGUCUCUCUCCCGUACGUUCCCGUCCUGCCUCACGCGUAUCCACACCUUCCACCCUACGUCCAGACGACGUAAGCGCGGCGGCUGAUGCUUUCGCAUCGCCUUUCGGCGGUGCAUUCGGCCGCGUCUUGCAGCACGGGGAACUGAACUCGCCGAAAUUAUUGUGCAUACCGGUUCCAGUCCCCGGUCGCAGUCGGGCGGGUUCAGCCGCGGCGGUGGCCUGCGAAACGAAAAGACAGAGACGCGCGCGGAAUGGAAGCGAAUGGAAAGGACCAAAACUGUAUCGCUGGCGUUGCUGCAGGAGAUGCAUCGUCCCUAGAUAGCGACACUCGUUAAAAGACACUUCGGAAACGGCGGCGCGGGUCAUCGAACGGAUAUCGCACCGGCCGAUCGUCGAGGGUGACGCCCGCGCCGGCCAGAGGGAUCCUCGUUGCCUUCGUAUUUUGCCUCCCGCGUCACCAGAAAGAUCGCGAAAGAAUGCCAGACAUCGAAUGUAUCGUCGCACGGGAUAUCUUAUUUUUGCGUAGCUAACUUUGGAUUCGUCCUGAUGACUGCCUUUGGGACCGGUCACUGAAGAAUCGAAAAACAACUAAUUUUUGCGUGGAAAACCAUAGGCGUCUCAUGAAUUACGUUCUCAGAUGACAGCUGGUCCUAACAUGUUUUUCAUUUAAAAAAUGCCUUCAACAUCAGCAACUGGGAAUUCGAGAAACGAGUUUCUCAUGGAAAAUAAAAUUGCAGGCGCUUUUCACGAAUUACAUCUUUGGAUGACAACUGGUCCUAUCGUUUUUUCCCUUAUUGUCGCGCCAAAGAAAAAAGUAAAUCCCGUGUGCCGAUACAUCUCGGGUCUUAGCUCUAGGCUAUCGAGAGCGUCCGGGAUGCCAGGUGGACAUGGCUGCGUAUAAUUGUUUCGAACCGUUUUAUUUGAUCGCGCCGUGUUUCGCAAGUGUAACUAUCAGAUGUGGGAGGUACGAAGAGAGGGAAUUUAAUCGCUUAAGGAUUGUGUAGCCGUACUUAUAUUUCGGGCAACGUUGCGACGAUCUCUUUUGAUGGAAGGUUUGGAUCUGUGCCUUUGAAGAAAGAUUCUUCUACUCGGGCAAUAAAGUAAUGUGUAGUCUAGUCAUUAUACUCUACGUCUACGUAACUAUCGAUCGCGAGUUCAUCUAUUGAUACGGACACACUGCCACCGAUCGGUACGAUCGACUUUGCUGUAUCUGUCUUCGUUCUAUUUAAAUGAAGAUAGCGUCCAAAAUAAAGGUACGUUACCUUGAAACUUCAA